GAUAUUUGCGGUCAUGGAAUUCUCUCAUCUGGACUGAGAAUUUCUACGCACCAAUCUGAUAUCGUGAACACCACUACAUAACAGCUGGUGGAAACGGUAGAAACACGUAAAAGUCAACAGAAGCAGACCGCCGCAACACGAGCUCUCUCAAGGCUGACACUGAUGGUUGUUUGGUUGGAUGUGUCAAAGCGUGCGAUCGUACGCGAGACGAGACGAGACAAUUGCUGCUGUCGGUAUGAAUGGCGAUGUGAUGACGUUCGAUGAUGGGCAGCCAUUUAAAUGCGAAAAGCAUCACUACAAGUGCGAACACUGUCCGACGAUUGCAUCAACACAAACAAGAAUCGUCUCUAGUUGGGCGUGUGUGUGCACGCGAUGAAAAUUUUGUUUCUCUUUUCAAAACAUUCGAAGGAACUAGCGAUGUCCGAUUUCUGAAAUAAAUCUUCCCUGACUGUCAACUGAAGUGAAAGUAUAGAGUUUCGGCAUUUUUUUUUUAUCCCAUUCAUUUAUUGAAGGUGGAUCGAUCUUCAUCGCUGAUGAUGGUUGCGUUGACGUAGCUGUUCUGUAACAACACAAAGAUGGUCAAUGAGGGACCUGAGUUUUGAACUCACGAUCGAUCGCUUACUAAGCGAACGCGCAACCAAUGUGGCUACGGAGACCCCCAUCGGCAAAUUUUAAUGUUUUGUCAUAAACUGUUUUGUUAUAGAACAUAUUACUAUUUUAAGUAACAUAGGAAGCAUAACAGUACUAAUUACGAAAGCGUUGAGCGUAGUUUUAAAGCUAUGAAGCGUUUAUGUCCGUAUUUUCACCUGAUCCUUCCGUCAAUAAUUCCGAUCAAAAACUGGCUGGCACUUGAGAAGCUUUUGGUUACAUUAACGAGUUUGGAAUAUCAGUUAGGCUUCCUUCGGAGGGAUAGCAUCAAUAAAAAUGUCGAGCUGGUUCAUUCAACGAGUUUGCAAUUCUCAUUAGCUUUAUCUAGAAGACAAGGAAAGCCGAAAGAAGAAGUGCUUGCAUCAAAUGAAUUGAAGUUAAUGGUACGGCUACGAGAAAUAGAAGCGAAGUCGCUCGAGGCGAAACGAAAAAAAAUAUGGAAGACGCACAGAAGGGAACCGAAAGAUUGCAAGUAAAAAUCGUUAUCGUUAAAAUCAUAACAGUUUCAUGAAAUUUAUCCAAGUCCAGAGGCGACGCGUGACCAAAUGACCUACCUGUUCAAUCUACAUUGGCAACAUCAAAACAACACUAUUGCGAUGACAGAUUUUAACAUUUUUAUCUAUAUUGACAUUUAUGAACAUUUAUCUAUAUGACAAAUGAAUCGAUAUUGGUGUAUCCAUAUGUGCAAAAAUAUUCGCAAAAAGUUUGAGCAAGAAUACAGUGUUGAACUCAAGCAUGAAUGCGUGAAUACCUCUGGAUGUAGUAAAAGUUUCAGCAUCAAAGACACUGUCUCGAAGAUAAAUCUUACCCAAACACUCAUUGAUAUGUUCAUAAUUCAGAUCAACUACAAGAGAAGCCCCUUACUCCGCGGAAUAGCCUGACUAGCUCCACGCGUAUAACGAAAAUCGCGGUUAGCGCAAUAAAGGACUAAAAAUGAGUUCCAAACACGAAAAACAAGAUAUUCGAGCAUGAAAGCCAUGUUUUAUCAAUACAGAAAAUUAUUAAACUAUCCAUCUAGAAGGUUGUAUACACCAGUAGUCAGAUAAUGUGAAAGCCAUGAUCUAAACAAAAGUGCAUGAGCCUAUCACUCACUGACAAAUUCCGGGAAGGCCUAUGGAUUCACUAUAGAACUCGCUGUCACGCAGAAUCCGCAUCUACUCGCGGUAAUCGGGGUUCCACUGCAUUUUGAUCAUUCGAGAACGCGAGAGAUGAGAUCGUAUUGAAAAACCUUGACGUUUUCUUGUUGUUUGUGCAUGACUGAAGCAACACCAAGUUCAAUACGUGUGCGCGACAGUGAAUAUAUCCAGCUUUUGGAACCCGCUGUUUCACCGAUGUUUGCACACCAGAUUUAUCUCUGGGCAUUACAGUAGCGCCGUCAUAGCUCUGGGCCACAAUUUCGUCAGCAUUAAGACCAAAGUACGCAGCUAUUUCAUUCACAUGUCCGGCCAAUGCAGCGGCGAUUCUAAAACGUAUACAGACAAACGUGUACUAUAUGUACCAGGUUCAAGUUGUCUGAUGAACAAAAUCGAUAAAAGCGCCACACAUUUGUUGUUGUUUUUUUCUUUGCAUCACGCUCGCUCAGGGUGUUUGGUGCUGUGUACUCUCGAGAACUCGUGGUCUCUCAAACUUCAAUGACGUCAUGAGCAGAAAGAGAAACAGAAAGGGGAACGAUGAGAACUACGAACAAACACUGAAGAGUGGUGAAUUAACCACACAUUCAUCGAACCAAGGUAGUGAUAUUAUCAGCGCUCGCGAUAGCAUCAUUCAAAGCGAACGGUGCCGGCGGUGGCGGGAGGGGAGUAGGUAGCGCUGGACGAACCAGCACCAACAGCAGACGGCUCUUGCUGAGAGCUAAGGCGGUCGUUUGUCGAUCAGCGCAUUCUGGCCUGGGAACUCGCUCACCGAUUAUUCGAAGAGAACGGCGGCGGCAACGACGGCGGCGGGAUCGUCAAAGUGGACGGGUUCCAACCGGUAGCAGUAAUUGCACCAGCAGCAGCAGUGUUGAUACUAGCGGUAACAGCGGCAGUGGUAGUGAUCCGACCACAGCGAUCACUCCCACGGUUCCAGUUACGAAGAUGGUCGUAGCUUCAACCGGUGGCCAUGGUAGUAGCAGCAGUAACGGCAGUAACAGCAGUGGAAGCGGGAAUGGGAGUGCAAAUUCCGCUGCGAAUCACCAGUCGUCGCGUAGCGCACAACAGAAGUUGCAUCAGGUAGCGUCCAGUGGCACCGGAAUGACCCCGAAGGAGCUGUCGGACAACGAUGACCUUGCGACUGGGUUGGUUCUCGAUCCGAUUCUUGGCUUCCAGACGCACAAGAUGAACCUCAAAUACCGGCCGCUCCGAGUGAAUACUGAUCCCAUCAAGGAUAUCAUAGAGGAUUUCAUUCAGACCCAGAACUACACCAAAUGCUACCAGCAGUUGAUGAAGGGAAAUUGGAUUCCGCGGUCGGUGUUGAACAAGAGCAAGUUGGCACAGAAGCGGCUCGAGGCACACGUCUAUCGGUACCUUCGCGUGUUCGAUCGGAACGCGGGCUUCGUUAUACAGGCGUGCUACCGCUACUCGCUCGAGGGACAGAAGGGGGCUAAAAUAUGCUCGACCCGUAAGUGGCUGAAAAAUGAGAAAAUCGAAUGCCUGGUGGGGUGUAUCGCCGAGCUGACGGAGAAGGAGGAAGCACUGUUGUUGCAGCCGGGGCGGAACGAUUUCUCGGUAAUGUACAGCUGCAGGAAAAAUUGCGCCCAGCUGUGGCUUGGUCCGGCCGCGUACAUCAACCAUGACUGUCGGGCGAAUUGCAAAUUCGUGGCGACCGGUCGGGACACCGCUUGCGUGAAAGUGCUGCGCGAUAUCGAGAUCGGAGAGGAGAUCACUUGUUUCUACGGAGAGGAUUUCUUCGGCGACAACAACCGGUAUUGCGAGUGCGAGACGUGCGAGCGGCGGGGUACGGGAGCAUUCGCAAAGGAUAAGAACGGUGAGGAACAGAGUCCCAAUGGGGUGCGCUAUCGGCUCAGGGAAACCGAUAACCGGUUGAACAGGCUGAAGAGUAAGAACAGCACUGUGGUGGUGGAUCAUGGUGGCAAAACGACAAGCAUCAUUGGCAAGAGCGAACCGCCAUCGGCGCUGACAGCGCUCAGUGUGAAAGAGCUCCGCGAGAAGGGUAUGACAAAGUACGAUGCUGAGAUGUUGUUGGCCCAGCAGAAGCAGCCUCCGUACGAGAUGAAUCCCCACCACCCACCUCUGGAGGAGAACGUAGCAAGUAACGCGGAACCUCCCGACGAAAAGAAGGUCAAAGCCAAAGAGAGUGCUCCGGAGUGUAAUGAAAAAAUGGCCACCCGAUCGUCGCGACGAUUUCAAACGUCAAGCGAGGAAAAGACACUAGACACGGCGGCGAUGAUAGAGGAUACCGCCGCGGUUCCGUCACUCCCGUUGAAAAGUACCCGAAAUACCCGGCCUCUGAGAGAGAACGGCCGCCGACGGUACAGCAGCAACAGCAGUACGGACAUCUCGAGUGUCCUCUCGUCGACAUCCUCAUUUAUGACGGUGAAAUCUUCGGUUCCCACUGCCGCGGAACGUAAAAUGAUGCCCCGCAGUAUCGCAAAAAUUCCUUCCGCCACCGGGCCAUCGCCAGCGGACGAUGACAUCAUCAUCAUCGAUGAUGACCACAAUAGCAAUCACUCGUUCGCAUCCAAGAGCAGUUGCAGUGGUGUCUCGUCUCUGUCGAAAGGUCCCCCGCCAAAGAACAGUAGCAGCUGCAGUAGCACUAGCAGCAAUAGUAGCAAUGGUAGUAACAGUAGAAGUAGCAGCAGCAACGAUAACAACACCUAUGUGUUCGAUGAUCUCCUUGAAAGCAACCCAAACGGCGGUGGUUACACGCUCAGAAAUCAUCACCAAUCGCAGCAGCAUCCGGAAAGCCUCGCCGCCGCCGCCGCCGCUCCUGAACAGGGCGCGAAUCGUCCACAUUCGGCCAAGCGACGCAUGGUUGCGGCGCGGAAUGCGGAAACGACCGAGCCCAUCUGUCCCCGCGUGACGCGAAGAAAGCAACGAAUGCUCGAAUCACAACCGGUGGCCCCGGUGGAGGUGGCAAAAUCAGAGCAGCCGAGCCAAAGCAAUCCACUAACAAUACUGCCAGAGGAAGAGAGGGGGGAAACCCCUACGAAGAAAGCGGGUGGAAUUUCUACGAAAGAGGAGGCGGAAACAACGGCGGAUCUCACGACUGGUGGCAAUGGCAGCAGCUCAAACAGGGGUAAUCGGCGGAAGCAGAAACUGCAGAAUCGCAUCCUGCAGGCGGACGAAGAGGAAGCUCUGCAGACGCAGGCACGCGAGACGGAAGAACUCGAGCGGUUCGGCAGGGCAACCAUCGCUGGGCGUGUAGCAAGACGACUGCGGCUGGACGACGGUGCCGAAGCCGAAGGCGUGGGAGCGGAUACGGACGUUGUGAUCCUGUCGAAAGUAACCAAUUGUGAUGAUAAUAAUGAUAAGUUAAAAAGUAGAAGCCGACAAGAAGAUGUUAUUGUGCUAAGUAGCGGAAGCGGAAACAGCAACAGCAGCAGCAUCAGCCGCAGCGGGAGCGAAAUUAAUAGUGUUAAAGAUGAUAGUAGAAGUAAUAGCGCUAGUGUUAGUACAAGUAGUAACGAUGGUGAUUUAGCGAAUUGUGAGCAGCUUUCGUCAAAGACAGUUGUUGGUGCGCGAAAGCGAAAACUUUCAAAAAGUGUCAGUGAGUCUGAGAGUAGUUCCAGCUGGGAGAAUAAAAUCCCGGCGCAGCAGCAGCAACAAUUGCACUCCUGUUUGAGUAACAUUCCGAAUCCGGAGACAUUGCUGAAAACUCCGGAGCGUCGUUUGAAGCUGACGCUACGCAUGAAGCGCAGCCCGGUUAUCGACGAAAUUAUCGAAUCAGGUACAAGUCUAAGCGAGGACACCUGCAGCACUAGCAACUUCAAACCGGAGUAUGAAAUAUUGCGAUUGGAAGGUAUAGCCGAGGAAAGCGAGCGGGAUGAUGAUGACGGCGAGGAAGGUGAUGAGAUGGAUGACGAACUGACAUACAGUAGCAGUUGCAGUAGUAGAAUAUCGCAGAAGCGGAAGAAGCGCCACAAAUCGAAGGAAGCACGAAGACAUCGGAAGCGUGCGAAGCGGGAACUCCGUCGUCAUAAUCACCAUCAUCACCAUCAUCAUCAUUCGCCUUCGCAACAACUACAGCAGCAGCAGCAAAAUCAGCAGCAACCGGUCAUUCUGCAACCAUCCGCACUAGGACCGGUUACUGCUGCUGUGACUGCAGCUGUAGCUGUCAAUCAGACUCCUCCGAAAGGUUCGUCGAUUGCAUUUCCAGCCCCAACCAAGCGACUGCGGCUAAUCUUUGGCAAUGAAACGCGUACAAUCGACAUUCCACCGACUGCGAAAAUAUCUGCCUCGUCGUCUCCCUCCACGCCGAACUCUCUGCCACUGUCCCCAGUGGUCAGUUUAACGCCAAAUAGUCUCAACAUGACUGCCGCCAGCAGCAGCAGUGUAUCUGCAGCAAACACUCCAAACAUUAUCAAUAACACGCCGGGCGUGAUUGUAAGCCCCACGCGGACACUCGUUGGUGGUCAGUUCAAUGGUUACGCCGUGAAUACAUUUUCCAGAUCUCCACAGGCAGCGCUGCAGUCGCCUCAGCAGCCCUCCCAACAGCAAUCACCACUACUAUUUGCCAAUAACUUCAACCCUGUCUCGUUCCUACAAAACAACGCUCUAUCUCAACAAUUUCAGCACCACUCCCAUCCCCAUCAUCACCACAAUUUGUUUCAGUUUCAAACCCAAUCGGCGCAACUUUCGUUGCAGCCACACUCCGAGUCGCACAACUCAUCCCAACAACACCACCAACAGCCGCAGCUUCAAUUUCAACAGCAUAACGUAAUCCAACACACGGCACAGUUGCAACAGCAUCAACAGGGUCCCCAACAGCAGCAGACGGCUAAAACAAUACACCUAAAUCUGAGCAACCACCCCCGGUUCGGGGAGCUAAACCAUCACCAUCAUCACCAUUUGAGCCAUCUGAACCACAACAACCACAUGAACCAUCAUCACCACCACCACCACCAUUCGCACCACCUAGCGGCGACAGUACCGGUUGGCGGGGGUGCGACCACCACCCCGACCAAGUGCAGCCCGUACCAGCUGGCGGCCCUGACGACCACCAGCCAGCCGAGUGUAGCCACGUUCAACUGACCCCUGGGGAGCGGUGGUUCGGAGCGGUAGAAGCGGUGGGAGGGCGACCCCAAGACGGCGGUGGAGCUGCUCUAUCUGGCGGCGAUUGUGCUGCCGGAUGAUUGAGAUUGGCUAGACAGGCUGGGGGCUCUCGUUCGCAGUAGCAGGAAGUGGGCUGUGGUUGUCUGGGGCUGGAAAUGUCAUGGUGUCCUUCGGAGCGGUUCUCCACAUUCCUCUGGGUCAUUGUGUUUUUUUGUUGUGUUUGUGCAGCAUUGUUAUUGGAUCGGUUGAUUGGGGGAACCAAUUGGUGGAAAAUUGUGGGAAUAUUUGGAGGGAGAGAUAGGCUUCGUGCGGUUUGAUCGGGUGGCGUUUAGAACAGGCCUUGGUCAUUAUGGCAGUCACAUAUCUUUCGCCCUAAACGGCAGAUAUUCCUGCAACCACUUCUGAGUGCGGUGCGAAAUUUUUUCGCUUGAGAAAAUUCCAAGACUUUCUUACAUCGUUCGACUCAUAGUGGUUGGAAAUUAUGGGAUUUUUUUCCGUGCCCUCGACUUCGUCCCGCAAUGUUCCUUUACGAUCUUCUUACUGUAAAGUUGCUGAUCACGUGUUUCUUCGCCAUUUUCCUCAUUGAACGCACUGGAUUCGCCCGAACCUUCCUUUUGAUGGCAGUAAUAGCCCUCGGAUAGUGGUCCUUUCUUUUCUCGAUCCAAGAUCCUUUCCACGGUUCACUGAGACACUCCCACGGCGAUUGAAAUGUCUUUGGGACAUUUGCGCGUGAAACAAAUCACGAAUACGCUGCCACGUCAUGGUGCAAUUGUCAAACUAAGGAAAUCGGCUUCUUUUACUCGCAGCCUUUCAUUAUAUGAAUUAGGGCGAGGUGACACUGGAUCGGAGUACGCACGUACGUACGAGCUGGCGAAUUCGAACGAAGCAAGUGGGAAGCAAUGUAACCACACCAAUACAAAUGUAACAUGGUUUAUCAUUCAAAAUGCAUUUUAUCUUUUUAUUUUUAUUUCAUUUGAAUCAAAAAUUAAAUUCAGUUAUAUUACAUAAGCAUAAAACAUACAAUACAUACAGCAAACAUACAUAACAACCAACAAUAAUCUAUAAACAAAAAUGAUACAACUUCAUGUUACAUGUAUGUGUAUGUAUACAUACCUAAUUUGUAUAUUGCUCAAGUUAUUGUCUCGUGAAUAUUUUUUCACUUCUGUACAAAUGUGAUUUUGAACCAAUCCUCAUGUUUUUUUGCCGUUAUAACAAAACAUUUUAGGCGGUAAAUCGAAAACGUGCCUGAAUUGAAGAGCGAAAUGCCGUAUAAAGAGCGGCCGUAUAGCGAGGUAUGGGUGUAAUAGAUAUAUUGUAGAUACUGAAUUGAUUUCAUGUAAUGAAAACACUUGUCAGAGUGGUUCGUUGGCCAUCCGAGAGAUAACAUAUUCACUACUGCUUUCUCCAUCGACGAUGAAUUCAUCAUUUGGUUUGGCCCACCAUCAGUCGUUUCUGUCUCGUUCUUAUUUUGGGGUGAUUUAGCGCUUCACCUUCAGCUUGAAAUCACUUCAAUCCUGCAAAGUGUUCAAUAGAACGAGUUGAUUUCUAAGAGUUAUUCAACUAGAACUUAACUUCUUUUCGACAGCUUAUUUUUGGCCAUUCAUUGACCGAUCUCAUCGGAUAACCGAGGACAUUCAAGCCAAUUGUUAAAGCCUUCCAAAAAUCCGCAUGACGCUUCUAUGCGCGAAGUUUCACAUACAUUCAAACGUUUUUACAGUGGAGAAUGUGCUUCCCUCUGAGCCACAAGAAAUUCAAACUGCUCACAGUUUGCCACACGCAGAAUCAAAAUUGAGUAAUUUGACCCCUUGAACGGAAAUGACGAGUCCAACUCCCAUACAAAUGAAAAUUUAUGCAUAACAUUUAUGCAUAACUUGAGAACUAAUUAAGCAAAGGGGUUAAGGGUAGAACUCGAGGAAGGAAUCGUCCGAUUUCGGAUGUCAUCAUUUUAUUAUAUUUUCUGCAUCAAACAGAGCCGAACUGACGUAGUGGUAACAUUCGUACCUCUCACGCUCAAGGUCACGAGUUCAAUUCUCACUCCCGACAUUCUUCCAAAAAUGUUAGUUAAAGUGACGAACCAGCAAAAAGUGUUGAAAGUCACUAUAAUACAGAAAAAAUGUAUUCCAUAUAAGAUAGACACAUGUUAUUUGCAAAUGAUUGAAAAAUCUUGAACGAGAAUUGGGUCUGAAAAUAAUUUGGUAUUAUAAUGACGAGUUCUGGUACUAGGAAAUGUAUAGUAAAAUUAAUUUGUGAAGGGUCAAAAUUCAUCAAUGAACAGUUUUGCGAUUGAACCCAUGGACGUUCGCUUAGUAAGUAAACGUGAAUAUUUGAAAGUAUUUAUAACAAAAAAUCAUUUUGGACGGAGCAAACUUUGCAGGGCCACGAAGAUAAUCCAUUGAAGGCCCUAAGUUUUGAACUCACGAUCAUUCCGUAGCAAGCGGACACGCAACUAUUUUGGCUAAGAAGGCCUUCUGGACUAACACUAGUCGUCAAAAUUUCGAUUGCUAAGAAGAUUUAAGUCGAGUUCUUCGACAGUAUGCUAUGAUGCAGAAAAUGCUGUCAAGAAUUUUCGGCCGAAUGAACUCGAGUGGAAUUCUGAUAACAAACAAGGGCAAAACACAUAACGAUGUUCGGAACCAACCAGAGGAACGAAUAAACAGCUAACAUAAGAAAGCAAAAUCAAGCUGCUUUUUGUUAACCUGAACGAAAUUAAGCAACGCAGAAGCGUGCAAUCAUUCGUGAAAUUAGUCUUUUUCAUAGGUAUGGAUCCAAUGAGCUUUUGCGUGUGCAGCCUACGAUGACUUUUCCUCAAACGUGAUUUCAAACGAUGGCUAUUGAAAAAAAUAGUUUAUCAAUCCGAAGACGGAAGAAACCGUCAAUCCCGAGCGUCGAUAAAACCAUUUCGGCAGCUAUUGUGCUAUUGCAUUGUAUCCCGAAACUUGUUCUUGCGAUGAUCAUCAACCGAUCGAUCUUAUCAUGUAGCGUCCUGUUCUUGUGCUUGUUUCUUGUUAACGUGGUGCCUUUCUGUUAGAUUCUAUUCAACUUUAACAGGACGCGCUUAAGCGCUUUCCCCUUUUCCAAUCGCAUUUUGCGUACACACCAAUUGGUCCCAGUCAAUCGAGAACUCAUUGCUCAUAGCUCCAGAUUCCCUACGGCCACACAACAUCGCGUACGUGUUUUAAUCCAUUCCUUCUUCCUGCGCCUAGACAAAACAGGCAGAAUAUCCUUGCUAAGAGUGCUGCUGUAAUCGUCGUGAAGCUGUCGUUCGGAAUAGUGAUUAACCAAAACACUCGUGGACUCACUUAAAGCUUAAAGAAGAACGGAGUAAAAAAAAUAGUAAAAACGCGAAAGGUACUCGCAAGCGCGGAAAAAUUGUUACGUGUUCCAUUUCCAUUCUAAUACAUAGUUCCAUUCGAAAAGUGACCCAAGUUAAGCAAAAAUAAAAAAGAAAAAUGGAGCACAUGAACGGAGUGCACGUAUGUGGGUAUAUAUAUGUGUGUGUGUGUGUGUGUGUAGAAAGCGAAACAUUAGUAAACUGACCACGUUUUAUCGUGCGCGAUAACCGUAAUCCUCAUCCCCCGUGCGAUAUAUAAUAGUGAGAACAUCGAAGGCGAUGGGUUAUUGUAAAUAUAGAAGAAUCAAUGAUUAAGUUGAUCCAUUCUCUUUCCUUAUACUUUUUUCCCCUGCUAGAAAAAAAAGUUAUAGAAACAAACCCUCGCGUGAUCAGCACAAACGGGCACUGAAUGUGUUGUGAACUGUUGAAUUCAUCUCACUCAUCUUCCAAAGUUAUCUUAUUUUCUUGUUUUGGCCGGUUGGUGUAAUUUUGUACACUGUAAGCUCGUUGAGUUUUAUGUUUUUCUAUCAUGUUUUACUUUGUUCGAAUUGCAUUUACCCAAAAUGUUUUGUUUCCGCCUUGAAAAGUGGAGUGCAAUCAGCCAGUUUCGUAUCGUAUGUUUCCAACAACAACAACAACAAAAUCAUACGAGGGUUGCGAUUGAGGAAAAAAGGUCGUGAGAAGACAGAAGGGGGGAUGUGGUCGAGUUGAACAAACUUAUCUAUUCAUGUAUAGCAUGUACCAUGAGUAAACAAGAAUUAAAAAAAAACUAGAACUGCCAGAUUGUAACAAAAAUUACUUUAAAGAUAAGAACCACAGUAUGAGAGAGCGAUAUAUCGAGUAGGAAACGGAAAGGAAGGGAGGGAGUACUGGGGUACAAUAAUAAGAAGAAAAACAGGCAUUUCAUCCGUAAAUCGAGUUCCGAUUUUCCUGACUUUAUUAAUAUGUCUCUUCUUCCAGGAUUGGUGUAUACUUUUCUGAUCAUUACACAUAAACAUACAAACGCGGCGGCACACCUGGCGUGUGUUAUCAUUGUAGAUAGCAGCCACCCUUGGCGGGGAAAGCGUAACUCUGUAUAAAAAAUAAACAAUGAAAAUCUUAGAUAGGAUUGUAGGAUAUGAGAAAUGUUACUGUAACGUACCGCAAGAUGGCAUGAGCAUGACAUUGGCUUAUCGUUGCUUGCGUGAGUAGUAAGUAAUGUACUCCCGGUAAUGUAGAAGAUAAAUUAGUCGUCUGAGAUGAACCUUAUGCCGAGUUAUUCAAUUGGUAGUCCACAAUUUGCGACACAUCCACGCGCUCUGAGCAGCCUGGAUAUGGCGCUUCCCGAUCAAUAGAAGGGGAAUAGUGACAGCAGCAGGAUAUAGUAAAUAGCGUAAGCAAACUAACAGCAAGCACUAUGAUACACUUUUGUGAUAAAAAAAAUUAAGUAAAAAAUUACUAUUGGACGAAAUAAAUAAAAUCACUUUGUAAAAUGAUACAAUUCAUUAAUUAACCACAAUCCUACUGCAAGCAAAAAAUGAAGUUGAACAAGCGCAGAAUGUGUAGCAUUUGAGAUAAUUAAUGAUUUGCUAUAGGGAGAAGUGAAAAUGAAACAAACAGAUCUGUACCAUAGUGACACAUACACAAAUUGAAACACGAAAUGAGAAGAUAGAAAACACUGCUGGUAUAGGAAUGAAUAAAAGUAAAAAAAAAAUAUGCUAAAAAGAAGAAACAAACUAGUACUAAAUAAAAUUACAGAAAAGUACAUAUAAUGCAAAAAUCCUGAAAAUAAAACAGAAGUCUUUUCCAAGCAA